GGAGAGCCCGCGGGGAGCGGCAGGAGGCACCAUCUCCUCGGGGCAACGGUCUCGGCCGCCAUCUUGUGCGUGGCGCCAUCCCCUGCGGCGCGGACCCCGCUCUAGUCCCGAUCCCUGCUCCUGAAUACGCUCUUUCUGGAAGAGGAAGACGCUGUUUUCUGUCUCCGUAGGGACUGGUCUCGGCAGAGUCCGCCCCCGUUAGCAGCCAGCCGGCAGCAGAGACCUUCCCACUCUGGCAGCACCCUCUCCCUGUCUCACUCCCUCCCGGCAUAUCCGUGACUUCCACGCCAGUUCCGGUUUGGCGGCGCGCGGAGAUUGGCUUUUCGAUCCCGACGGCCGGAAGCGGGACAUUUGAACGCUGCUGAGAAGAGCUGCCUGCGUCCUGCGGGUCGCAGAAUGGCCGGAGAUGACUAUGAGGAAAUUCUCAAGUACUAUGAAUUACACGGAACAGUCGGCACAGGUGGGUUUGCAAAGGUAAAACUUGCGCGACAUCGUCUCACUGGUGAAAAAGUUGCAAUAAAAAUCAUGGACAAGCUUGCUUUACAGGAUGACUUGCCUCGUGUUAAAUUAGAAAUAGAUGCCAUGAAGGACUUGAGUCACCAGCACAUUUGCCGGUUGUAUCAUGUGAUUGAGACACCCAAGAAAAUCUUCAUGGUUUUAGAGUAUUGUCCUGGAGGAGAACUGUUUGAUUACAUAAUUUCUAAGGACCACCUUUCCGAGGAGGAAGCUCGCAUAUUUUUUCGGCAGAUUGUUUCAGCAAUUGCUUAUGUGCACAAUCAGGGAUAUGCCCACAGAGAUCUCAAACCAGAAAAUUUGCUGAUUGAUGAGGAACAUAAUCUGAAGCUGAUAGACUUUGGACUUUGUGCAAAGCCAAAGGGUGGCCUUGAUUACCAUCUGAACACCUGCUGUGGAAGCCCAGCUUAUGCGGCACCAGAGCUGAUUCAGGGCAAAGCAUACAUUGGCUCAGAGGCAGAUAUUUGGAGUAUGGGAGUACUGCUGUAUGCUCUGCUGUGUGGUUUUCUCCCCUUUGAUGAUGAUAAUGUCAUGGCUGUCUACAGGAAGAUCAUGAGAGGAAAAUACAGUACUCCAAACUGGCUCUCUCCUAGCAGUACAUUGCUCCUUGAUCAAAUGCUGCAGGUCGACCCAAAGAAGCGGAUUACAAUCCAACACCUGUUAAGUCACCCUUGGCUCAUGCAUGGUUUUUCUGAUACUGUUCAGUGGCAAAGUAAAUACCCACUGGGACAUCUUGAUGAGGACUGUAUAACAGAGCUUUCUGUGUUUCAUGAGCAGAGCAGGGAGACUAUAUUGCAAUUAAUAACAGAGUGGAAAUAUGACCACAUGUCAGCAACAUACCUCUUGCUUCUAUCCAAGAAGGCUCGUGGCAAGCGUGUUCGUUUAAGGUUUCCGUGUCUAACAGAGCAUGCCAGUACCACGAUGUCAACCGUCCUUGAGCAUUCGAGGCCUGAUGCCCAACCGGAGGAUACGGGACUCAAACUGUCAACUCCAGUGACAAGAAAAGUGGCAUCAAAGAAGCAUAAAGACAAAGAGAAUGUUGAGACAGUGUCAGCUUUAAGAAAUGAAAUGCCCUUUGUGCUUCCUAAGACUCCUCUUGCAAAAAGUCAGAUUGAGACACAGGUACAAGCUGUUCCCCUUAGGGCAUCUGCUUUCAAAGAGAGUCAGUUCACUGCAGUCACCCCAGUUAAGAAACCCGAUAACCGAACAAAUGCAGAUGAAUUGGCAGCAGCUGAGAUUCUUCCUGAAAGAAGGUGUCAGUCAGUGGAAUUAGAUCUUGACCUUGCACAUGUGGAUAGCAGCCAAAAGAAGAGAAAAGCCAAAAUAUUUGGAAGUCUUGAAAGAGGCCUAGAUAAAGUGAUCACAAUGCUUACACCAAGCAAGAAAAAACGAUGCACUAGAGACUGUCCAAGGAAACUUAAGGCACACUGUAACAUUACCACUACUCAUCUGCUGAAUCCAGAUGAACUGUUGAAUGAAAUAAUCAUUGUUCUUUCAAAGAAGCAUGUGGAAUAUGUUCAGAAGGGUUAUACCCUGAAAUGUCAAACACGGUCAGAUUUUGGUAAAGUAACUAUGGAGUUUGAGUUAGAAGUAUGUCAGCUCACUAAGCCUGAAGCAGUGGGUAUCCGGCGACAACGGCUUAAAGGAGAUGCCUGGGUCUACAAGAGGCUGAUAGAAGACAUCUUAUCUAGCUGCCAAGUGUGUUGUCGAUGUGCUGAAUUACCAGAUGAAGAAACGAGGGGAAGUGAAUACACAGUAUUCAAGAGAAUGAAAGAUUGAUGAAUUCUCAAGAGGUGCUACAGCCUAAGGAGUCCUGAACUUCUGUUUUAGUAGAAGAACAUUAAUUUCUUUCUUAUUAAUUUCUUAAAAUGUAUAAAUGGUAAGUUUUGAGCGACCUCAGGAUCCCUACCACUAAGAAGCCCAGGAUGAAGAGGGAUGCUGUCUGGAUCCACAGGGAUGGUGAAUAUCUUUCUACUUCAUCUGUCUCCUUUUUACACUCUCUUUCUCUGCCCCCUGCUCUUUUCUAUUUUUUUUUUUAAUCUCUCUCUACAUCACAUUUAUUGUUAAAUAAAAUCCAUACUAUUGACGGGUGUUGCUUGCACCUAAAUUUGGGUAGAGGCAUCUCUCUCUGAUAAUCAGAUGGUAACAUAUUGCCUCUCACAGGGUCCUUCUAGACAAUUCAGCUAACAGCUGAAUAAGCACAUCAUGCAAUGGGUGAGCAGUUGGCCCAUGUGUCACAGAGUGAAUGGUGCAACAUCAGGCUGGCAACAGGACAGUAGUGCAGUUCUGACGGAUUUCAUCCUUGGUCCAGUUCUCUUCAACACCAUAAACUGCUUGGAUGCAGGACUCAAAGGCAUGCAAAAUAAGUUUGCAGAUGAUUCAGUUACAGGCUCCCCAGGAAAGUGGUCGUAGCACCAAGGCGGAUAGAGUUCAAGAAGCAUUUGGACAACGCCCUCAGGCACAUGGUGUGAUUCUUGGGGCUGUCUUGUGCAGGGCUAGGAGUUGGACUUCCACCUUAGAAUAUUCUAGAGAUUUGCAGGAUUGUGUCCAGAAAAGGGCAAUGGAGCUGGGGAGAAGUCUGGAGCAGAAAUCUGAUGAGGAGCAGCUGAGGGAGCUGGAGGCAUUCAGCCUCAAGAAAAAGAGGUUUGAUGGGGACCUUUUUGUUUUCUACAACUCCUAGACAGAAGCUUAUAGCAAGGUGGGGGUUGGGCUCUUCUCCCAGUAAGAUCCCUAACUGCAGGAUCAGAAGAAAUGGUCUGAAGUGGCAACAGGGGAGUUUUGGAUGGGUAUUAGAGAAAAUUUCUUCAUUGAAGUGGUGUUAGGUCACACGUGGGGGUGAGGGACAAGGAGACUGACCACUCACUCCAGAUGUUCAUGUAGCACCGAGAGCUUUAUUUCCCCACCCCUCCUUUAUAUAAGGCAUUUGAAAGGCCCAGUCUGUUCUCAUUGGUUUGAAUCCCACACCCCUUCAGGUCCUGGCCUGUGAGGUGGCUGUAGCAUUGAGAGAUAUUUGGUUGGCCAACACCCUUGUCAAUCACGGUAAACAAAGCAAUUUAGCCUGGCACAGGCUGCCCAGGACAGUGGUGAAGUCACCAUCAUUGAUCCAAAGGUGUGUGGAUAUGGCACUCGAGGACAUGGGUUAGUGGUGAUGCUGCAUUAACCCUUUUAUGUAUUUGAUCUUAGAGGCCCUUUCCAAACUUUAUGAUUGUGUAAUUCUGUGAUCUCUUUCUUACUAUGCAAAUUUCUUUAGUGCCUCCUACAGUUUGUGUCUAGGCCACUAAUAAAUAUACUAAGCAAUAGUAGUCCCAGACUAAUUAUGGAAGAGCCUGCCAGAAGUUCUACCCUCUUCAGCAGAUCUUUAAGCUUUUCUACUCCCUUAUCUCAGUAAUUCAUAGGGUAACCUCUGGCUUUCUGGAAAUUGCAUUAACUGUGUAUUGCAGAAUGAAGUGUCUUUUACCUUUCUGUUAUAGAUUAUGAAGAAAACCAGUUCACAAAGCAGGACUGGAGUAAUUUUGAUAUCUUAAACUGUGAUAUGUUGAUUUUAUUUUGAGGAACAGGCAACAGGGAGCCCUUCCUUCUUUACCCCUAUAGUUUACCAGUUCACAUGUUUAAAUUAUUUUUCCAUUCAAAGCUUGAUGUGCAGAUCCUUUUUAAAAUUAUAACAAGGAAGAUAUAUUUCAUAGAGACUGUCACUCUUGUUGCUUUUCUUUGUCUCAUUUCUUCAGAACAUGUCUAACUGGAUGGCUUUGCAGAAGUGUAGAUGGGUAGGUAGUUCAAGUGCAAAGGUCAGAGGAACUCAAAUGAGAAAUUGCAGCUAGUUUGCUUUAAGAGAGAAACAUUUGUGUAAUAUGAAUAGACAAAAACAGAAUUAAAUUUUGAGAAGAGAGAAUCAAAAUAUUUUUGCUUAUUGAAGUUCAGCUAGUUAUUGAGCUCAUAGAGCAAAUUUUGGUGUAGAUGCAAUGCAAAAGAAACCCACACAGACAUGACUAUCCAGGUGUAGUCAAGAUUGAGGCUAUUAGUCUGAUUGCUUACCUUUUGUUUUACUAAAUUUAAGUCAAUAUAUUAACUAAGGGAAUUACAAUACUGGCAUAUGAAAUUUAUGAAAACAACAAGUUGAAAAAAUAACUGGGAAUGCUAAAUGGAAAGUUCUUCCAAUGCCUAAAUGCAGCCAAUUUUUGUUGGGAGGUAUGAAUAAUAAAAUUUUAGUUGUUUCAUUAUAAUGUAUUUGGUAGUAGCUGCUGGUCCCUAAAGCUUUAAUUUCCAGGUGUUUGAGAGCUAUAAUAGCAAACAGGCUUCAAAAAAGUUUUGUGUUAAACUCUCCUGUUCCUAAAGUCUGCUGAAUGUUUGGGAGAUGUUUCCCAUGACCUCAGAACACAUCUUUUACACUGACAUCUGACAGUUGCCAUCCAUCCCACAUGGCACAUCUCACCCUUCUGCAGGUGCAGGCAUUGCAUGGAACUGCACAGCACGCUGAUCUGUUAAUGAUGGUGCAAGAAGAAACACCCCACUGACAAGUCUCUAUCGGGCCUGAGAGGUAUGAAGGCACUUACUUUGCAUUUCUGAGCACAGGAGCAAGAAGGAGCUUUUUCCUUUUAGGUGUGAAGGUAGCUGCACUGCUCAUCAGGUCAAGGGACAGUAUUUCCCCUACAGCUGAUAUCCUACCUGCAGCACUGGGAGUCAGAAUGGGUGAGCUGCAAGUUCUUAGUGUUUCUCUGGAAUCCAGGUACAGAGGUGGUGAGGGAAGCAGGCAAAACACAUUGUCCUGUUCUUUAUGGAAACUGCUUAGUACACCCAGCACAGCAGCUAGUGCUUCCAGAUCCCAAGUAUAUUCUGAAUUGUAAAAGCCAUCCAGGCUCACCUGAAGGCUGUCUUUGGCUAGGUGAAUGGGUACAUUUGGAUCAGUCAGUUCUUAAAGUAGACUUGAAUAAAGCAGCUCAGUAAAAACCUCUAUUUCUGAAAGCAUGUUUUGCAGUGGUUAAAACUUAAAGCUUAAUCACUAAGCUGAAAUCUGAAAACAUAAAGAGUAAGCCAACUUUCCCCACAUCAGGGAUAUUGGAUAGACCAUAGCGACUUAUUUUGCAUAUUCUAUGUGAAUGAGGGAUAUCUGUACAUUUCGAUAGCACUGUUGUAGUUUGCUAACAAAGUAUGCAGCAUCAUUCACACAGGCACUUGUCAGGUUAGAAAAAUAUAUCUGGCAGACUUUUAUUUAUUUUUAUCAGUCGACUCUGGUUAAGCCAUGUAGACUUUGACACCUUGUGAACUGUUUCUUUGAUUUAAUAUGGGUGCUGCACUUCACUAGAGAAAAUAAACUCAUCUACUGCCAUUUUUUGGUUUUAUUAUAUUAAUGUUUUGGCAAAGAAUUUAUUCAGUUUCCAAUACUUAGUUACUUAUGUGCUACUAACUAGCUUUGCUACAUUCCCUAGAGAAAGGUCCAUUAAAACUCUUAAUGUGACACCACAUAUUUUUAGUAGACUAGGAAAUAGUUGCAAUUUUAAUUUAAAUUGAAAUGACUGUGUAAUGGCUGGACAAAUCACUCUCCAGUCCCUAGAGCUCUUAAUGGUAAUUCUCCAUUUUUUCUAUACAUAAAUUUUCUUUUUAAGUGCUCAUUCUGAAAUACUGCUCUUUUUGAAUGUACUAUAUUCAUUUGAUAGUUUUUUUUUUUAUGGUUAACAACUUCAUUAUUAAACUUAAACAUUAAAUA